AAUUGAGUUGAAGUCAUAGACUUAUCUCCAUUUUAGUUUAGGCUCUGCUUUUCAUCAUCUACCUGAUCUUCUCUCCAUUUAUGUCUUUGUUUGAAAAAAACAACAUGGUAUCGGAGCCUUUCAUGAUCUUUGAGGGCUUGUGUGAGAGAGAUUUGAGGGAAAAAGACCACCACAAACUCCAACCAAACCCAAAUGGCUGCCAACAAGUUUUUCUUUCAAAAUACCCCAUUUUUUUUCUAACCACAGCGAACUCCUUCGAGCAAAAAAAAAAAAAAAAUGCAGCAAAGAUGCUGUGAUGAUGAAGGUUAACUUUAGGUCCUUCAAUCUUUGAAAGUGGUUGACAAAAGGAUGCAACCAAUUUGUUAAGGCAGAAGAAAGAUAUGCAAGAAGCAAGAGCAAAAGAUGCUGGUUUGAUGAUGUUUUACGUUGCUGGUAUGGGUGGUGUUUUAUGCUACAGCAUUAGUCCAAAAAAGCAAGGAUGGCUUGUGAAGAUGCAGAUUGGGACCAAGAGAGUACUCAACAUUGCAUCAAGUCAUUUUCAUGAUUGAGUAGCCAAAUCUUUAGCUCAAGGAAGUUGUAGAAGAUGUAGAAGAUGAUGAAGUAGCACUUUGAGGUACCAAUUCCUUAUUUUUAUUUACUCAAAAAAGGCAACUUAGUUGCAAAACCUCCAAAAUUUGUUUGAGGUAGCAAAAUCCAAAGAAGGAAAGAUGUAAUGAAGGAGCAGCUGAGGUUAUUUAAGAAGGAUGGUACAUGGCUGUGAUGAAAAGAAAAAAUGGUGAAGACCAAGCACAAGAUGGACAGCAAAGGGCUGAUCCCAGGUGCUUAGGUAUAAAUCUAUUUUUGUUUUUGGUUUUGCAGCUUUGAUGCCAAAGAGGAGUGUUGGAGUUAUUGCUAGAAAUGUGGCAUUCAAAAUUGCAGAAAUGAUGAAAUGAAACUGCCAUGAAAUG